CGGUUGCCCGCCGUCGUCGUCACCACUCACUAGUGCCCGCGUACGCAUUACUCUUCGAUCCCCUGAAACGUACCUGAACGCUCUCGUCGCUGGCGGUCUCGUCUGUUUUCAUUUGGUCGUUGACGUCGCAACAAAUCCCGACACCGUCAUUUGGCGUUCUCCCGUCGGUAGAAGAUUUGCGCCGCUCGUUAAAUAUAUAGUAUAAUAUUCGUACAGAAUGCGAGCACCGACGAAGUUGUCGCUAUGCGCACUGUUCUGUCUGGCUACCGCCCUAGCCGUCAGUGCGGAGAUCUACUUUGAAGAGAACUUCCCCGAUGAUUCGUUUGAGAGCGAAUGGACUUACUCGGAACAUCCCGGAAAAGAGUUUGGUAAAUUCGUACACAGCUCGGGCGCUUUCUACAAUGAUGCCGAGGCUGACAAAGGUAUUCAGACGUCGCAGGACGCUCGGUUCUAUGCUUUGUCCAAAAAAUUCGCGCCAUUCAGUAAUGAAGGCAAAGACCUCGUCAUCCAGUACACAGUCAAACAUGAACAGAAUAUCGAUUGCGGUGGUGGAUACGUUAAGCUGUUCAACUGUGAUUUGGAACCAAAGAAAAUGCACGGUGAAACACCAUAUGAAAUUAUGUUCGGACCUGACAUUUGUGGACCUGGUACAAAGAAAGUUCAUGUUAUCUUCAGCUACAAUGGCAAAAACUUGUUGAUCAAUAAAGACAUUCGUUGUCGUGAUGAUGUUUACACUCAUGUUUAUACACUUAUUGUGAAGUCUGAUAAUACUUAUGAAGUAUUAAUUGACAAUGAAAAGGUAGAAUCUGGUGAAUUAGAAGCCGAUUGGGACUUUUUGCCACCCAAGAAAAUUAAGGAUCCUGAAGCUAAGAAACCUGAAGAUUGGGAUGAGAAGGCUACUAUUGAUGACCCUAAUGAUGAGAAACCAGAAGAUUGGGAUAAGCCAGAACACAUUCCUGAUCCAGCUGCCACUAAACCAGAAGAUUGGGACGAUGAAAUGGACGGUGAAUGGGAACCAGCAAUGAUUGAUAAUCCCGAUUUCAAGGGUGAAUGGAAACCAAAACAGAUUGAUAAUCCAAAUUACAAGGGAGUAUGGGUACAUCCUGAAAUUGAUAACCCAGAAUACAAACAAGAUGAUAAACUAUACGCAAGAAAAGAAAUUUGUGCUCUUGGUUUUGAUUUGUGGCAAGUAAAAUCUGGUACUAUUUUCAACAAUGUUUUGAUCACAGACGACAUAGAAUUAGCUAAAGAAAAAGCAGAUGCUAUCUGGAAAUCUAGAUAUGAGGGCGAGAAGAAAAUGAAGGAAGCACUUGAUGAAGAAGAAAGAAAGAAAGAAGAACAAGAAGCAAAGAAAUCUGAUGAUGUCCAACCUGAUGAAGAGGAUGAAGAGGAAGAUGAAGACCUUGCAUCCAAAUCUGAAGAAGCCCACGAUGAAUUGUAAAAAAAAGACUGUGUGUAUAAUGUCAUUGUUUAAGUUGAUAUAUGAUUAUAAUUUUACUGUAUUAUUUAUUUUAAAUUUUAUCCGACCAGUUUAGGACUGCCACAUAUUGUUUUUCAUUGAGCACUCACACCUAUAUUUUUUUAACAUAGUGUGCGAUUAAUGUUAAUUUUUUUCUCUAACCCCUCUCAUAUCUAUCUUCUAAGAAAUUCCUUGUUAAUUUACAAUAAUUCAAAUCAUGUAAAAAAAAACUUAAAAUAAUAUCAGCCGUCUAUAUAAUUGUAAUAUUGAUGUUUGUAUACAUAUAUUUGUUUACAUUUGUAAGUAACUCCCUAGGUAAAUUCAUCCUACUUAAAACAUUGUUUUUCUUAAGGUCAAAUAUGUUUAAAUUAUCUUCUUUUUCUAUAUAUUUAUUUGUCAACAAUAUGGAAUAUUUAUGGCUUGUACAUUUGUAGUACUACAGUAACAGAAGAAAACCACACUACUUAAGGUUUAUACUAUUUUAUAAAAAAAUUGUGUAUAAAAUAAAAAUCGAAUAGGAUAAAAAUAAAGUUUUUAUUUGUUUUCCCUUUAAUCUAAUCCCUUACAAAUGGGUUGUGUACAUAUUAUUUUGUAUGGUUGCAAUGAAAUUAUAUAAUAUAAUUGUGUAUAA